GGGAAAGCUGGGCGAGGAAGGGGCUGCUGGCAGAGGCACGAGAGGGAGACGCAGCCGUCCCACCGGGACGCAGCGGCAAAGGGACGCGCAGCUGGCCCCAACUGCCAGGGAGGGCUGCUGCAACCACGAGCUGAGAGAGGGCAUGGCCCCGGCAGGGUGCCAUGGGGAGCGGAGACCCUUGCUGGCAGUGGGCAGGGCCCGGGAUGGGUCGCCACUCAAGGGGCGCUGGGCGGCAUGCGCAGCCGUGCUGGUGGUGGAGAGCCUGGAGCGGGCGGCUUUCUUCAGCAUCACUGCCAACCUGGUACUCUACCUCAACAGCAGCACCUUCAACUGGGGCGGGACCCAGGCGUCCCGCGCCUCCCUGCUCUUCCUAGGGGCUUCCUAUCUGCUCUCACCUGUUGGCGGCUGGCUGGCAGAUGUCUACCUGGGCCGCUACGGCACCGUGGUCCUGAGCUUCUUGCUGUACCUCUUGGCAGCUUGCCUGCUGCCCACCAUGGCCUCGCUCGAUGGGCGCCUCUCCCUGUGUGGGCAGAUGCCCUCCUAUUCCAUCCAAAAUUGCUCCGUGGACCACACUGGGACGUGCCCAGGGCAGCCCCAGUACCAGUACUGUGCCCCUGUGGUCUACUCCGGCCUCCUGCUCUUGGCUCUGGGCAUCAGCUCCACCAGGGCCAACCUUACCCCCUUCGGCGCUGACCAGGUGACUGACCGGGGCGAGGACACCACGCGGCGCUUCUUCAACUGGUUCUAUUGGAGUAUCAACAUCGGGGCUGUCUUUGCCCUCCUGGUGGUGGCCUUCAUCCAGCAGAACAUCAGCUUUCUGGUUGGCUACCUCAUCCCUGUUGCCUGCCUGGCCUUGGCCCUCCUCAUCUUCCUCCUGGCCACCCCCGCCUUUGUUACCAAGCCCCCCAUGGGCAGCCAAGUCUCUGUCAUGAUCAAACUGGCCUUGCAGAGCUGUGGCUGUACCUGGCUGGGGGGCAACAGGGCCAGGCUGAGUACUCGCUGGUCACAGGCUGGGGCCAGGGAGUCUUUCACCAACAGCAGACCGCAGCCUGGGCCUCCAUCUCAUGAGGAGGACCUUGCCAACUUCCAGGUGAUGGCAAAGAUCCUGCCUGUGAUGCUGACUUUCAUUCCUUACUGGAUGGUCUACUUCCAGAUGCAGUCAACCUAUUACCUGCAGGGCCUGCACCUCCACAUCCCCAGCAUCUUCCAGCACGGCCAGACCCAUGCCAGCACCACGCACAACUACAUGUUCCCAGAUGCCUGGCUCCUCCUGGCCAACGUGGUGGUCUUGCUGGCUUUGGUGCCACUGAAAGACCGUGUCAUUGACCCAUUCUUGGUGAGGCGGAAGCUGCUGCCAUCAGCACUCAAGCGAAUGUCCCUGGGCAUGUUCUUUGGCCUCGCUUCCAUCCUCGCAGCGGGUGUCCUGGAGAGGGAGCGGCUGCAGUAUGUGCAUCAUAACCAGACUGUGUCACAGCGCAUUGGCAAGGACAGUUACGUGGCCGCCUCGCUGCCCAUCUGGUGGCAGAUCCCCCAAUACCUGCUCAUCGGCAUCAGUGAGCUGUUUGCCAGCAUCCCAGGCCUUGAGUUCGCCUACUCCGAGGCCCCCAAGUCCAUGAAAGGAGCCAUCAUGGGUCUCUUCUUCUUCAUCUCCGGGGUGGGCUCACUCCUGGGCUCUGGGCUUUUGACCCUCCUCUCACUGCCUUCCCAUGGGUGGAUGCACUGCCCGGAGGACUAUGGGAAUAUUAACAACUGCCACAUGGACUAUUACUUCUUCCUGCUGGCGGGCAUCCAGUCGGUCACCUGCCUCCUCUUUGCUUGGAUCUCUGUGCACUAUGAAAAACAGCCACGGCAUCCUGGCAGUUGCCGCCUCUGCGUGGAGCAGGAGGAGGACUGACACCAUGAGAGGUGACCCAGGCCUUGUCCCCAUUCCCACAUUGAUUCAGAGACAGGAUGCUGGCCCCAGUCCCACCAGGGCAGGUGGGACAGGUCCCUGGGACAGCCAGCGCUGUGAUAAAGAUCCCUGCUCACCCCCACCCCCACCCCACCCCCGGCAGCCCCAGGACCCUCCUCUCCAUGGGUUUCUGGGGAGCAGCAGGAAUGGCUCAAGGCCUGCUGUGAGAGGGAACCAGACGUGUGAGAAGGCAGGAGGGAAGGUUUACUGCAGCCCUGAUUGGUGAUGCAGCCCUGAGCCAGUCCAGCCCAUGGAAAGCCUGCAAGGAACAGGAUGAUGGAGAGGGCUAUGGGGCGAAGCUUUCCCUUGUACUCUCCUGGCAUGAUCCUGUUAGGGAUAUCUGUGGAAAUCUGGGGGCACCUCAGGACCACUGGAACAGCUUGGAGGGGGCCCAGGAGGAGUAGAAAUCCACAGUGCAUUUGUGAAUAAAGGGACUGGCAUGGACAUGUCUCCCUAAACCUGCUGGAUUUCACCAGUAAACCUAUUGUGUGACUGCGUGGUGGAGGAAAUGGUUUGCCAGUCUUUGGGGGGAUGGAGGAGGGCAGAGGGGUGUC